AUGGAAUCAAAAAAUUCCAAUGUUGAUUCAGCAGUUGCAAAAGAUAAACGUGGUGAGGGUGGUAAAAUCUCAAAAAUGCAAAAAGCAUUGUUCAAAAAAGCAAGCGACCUAUCCAUAUUGUGUGGAAUUCAGGUCGCCAUCAUAAUUCUCUUCAUUAACCGUCAACCAAUUGUAUUUGGAAAGCCUGAUGCAGAAUCGGUUAUUAACCAGUUCAUUGAGGCCAACCAUCCAACCGCACCUCGAUUUUAUAUGAAGAUGAAAAAGAAGGAAGAAGAAAAUAAGGAGAAAGGAAAAUCCAUUGAAGAUGAUAUACAAUCACAAGAUUUUGAGUCUCCUUAUUUGGGAAGUCUUUUAAAGUUGUACGAAGGGCUCACAGAAUUUGAAAAUCAAUUGACUAAAGAGAUUGAUCUCACACAAUUGAAUCAAGAGAUUGAGAAGCAUGAAGAUCCAAAAUUAAUGAAUGUGGCUAGUUCUUCGACUUUACCAACUAAUUUUAGUCCAUAG